CAAAAUAGUUGGCCUGUUUUGCUGCAAUAGUGGGAAUUCGAAGUCAUUAACUCUGCAACCAUGGAAGUCAACGAGACAGCUACUGGGUGUCCAUAGAAGAUAGACACCCAAUCUUUCUUCAAUCUUAUCGAUUUCCACAAUCUUCGUUGAUUUCUCCAACCCAAUCGCUCUCCCAUCUUCCUCGCAACUCUUCUUCAUAUAAAGUACCCUUUUUUUCCAUCAGCAAAAGUCGCCUGAUUAAUUUGGUUCGGAAACAGAUCGGAGGACAGAAAGAUGUCGGGAGGCGCCGAAGAAUUCUUCAUCGGAUCGAUCGAUCAGGGCACCACCAGCACUCGCUUCAUCAUCUACGAUCGCCACGCCAAGCCCGUCGCCUCUCACCAAGUCGAGUUCACCCAAUUCUACCCCGAAGCUGGAUGGGUGGAGCACGAUCCCAUGGAGAUCCUGCAGAGCGUGAGGGAGUGCAUGGGGAAGGCGCUCUAUAAGGCCACGGCCGCCGGUCACAACGUCGACGCGGGCCUCCGCGCCAUCGGCCUCACCAACCAGCGGGAGACCACGGUGGUGUGGAGCCGAUCCACCGGCCUCCCGCUUUACAACGCCAUCGUGUGGAUGGACGCCCGCACCAGUGCGAUCUGCCAUCGCCUCGUAAGUCAGCUCUCCGGCGGCCGCGAUCAUUUCGUUCCUUCUUGCGGCCUCCCCAUCAGUACCUACUUCAGCGCCCUCAAGCUCCUCUGGCUCAUCGAGAACGUGGACGCCGUCGAGGUCGCCGUUCGAUCCGGCGACGCCAUGUUCGGCACGAUCGACACUUGGAUGAUCUGGAAUCUCACCGGCGGCUGCGGUGGCGUCGACCUCCAUGAGAAGCCCAUGCUCGGCCUCCAUGUCACCGAUUGCUCCAACGCCUCACGGACCAUGCUGAUGAACCUACAAACUCGAGAAUGGGACGCCGCCAUCCUUGAAACCCUAGGCAUCCCUCUCAACAUCCUCCCCAAAAUCAUCAGCAACUCGGAGACCAUCGGCGUGAUCGCGAACGGGUGGCCACUCGGGGGGAUCCCAAUUGCCGGCUGCCUUGGUGACCAGCACGCCGCGAUGCUGGGACAGCUCUGCCAGAAAGGCCAGGCCAAAAGCACUUACGGCACCGGCGCCUUCAUCCUGCUAAACACCGGUGAGGAAAUAGUCAAAUCCUCGCACGGCCUCCUUACCACUGUCGCCUACAAGCUUGGCCCCGAGGCCCCGACCAACUACGCUCUGGAGGGCUCGAUUGCCAUCGCCGGUGCUGCCGUACAGUGGCUGAGGGAUGGUCUGGGAAUCAUCCAGACAGCGGCGGAGAUCGAGGAGAUGGCGAAGCUGGUGGAGACUUCGGGAGGCAUCUACUUCGUGCCGGCGUUCAACGGGCUGUUCGCGCCGUGGUGGCGCGACGACGCGCGCGGGGUGUGCGUCGGGAUCACCAGGUUCACCAACAAAGGCCACAUAGCGCGGGCGGUACUCGAAAGCAUGUGCUUUCAGGUGAACGACGUGCUCUCUUCGAUGCAUAAAGACGCAGGGGACGGCGGCGAGGUGAAGACUGAGGGUGAAUUCUUGCUUCGCGUCGAUGGCGGCGCCACUGUCAACAAUCUGCUGAUGCAAAUUCAGGCUGAUUUAUUGGGUAGCCCGGUCGUCCGACCUGCAGAUAUCGAAACCACGGCGCUUGGAGCAGCAUAUGCUGCUGGACUAGCCAUUGGUGUGUGGACUGAAGAACAGAUAUUCACCUCUGGACAUGAAGAAAAGACCACGAUCUUUCGUCCCAAACUAGCUGAAGAGGAGAGAAAGAAGAGGACUGAAUCUUGGCACAAGGCCGUGUCUAGAACUUUUGAUUUAGCUGACCUGUGAACCACUGCUCACGAGAUAGUGCUCCUGUAAAAUGAUUACAAAAUCUAAAUUAUGAACUUUGUCAGAAUUGUGUCCAUUUAGUCUUUGUUUCUUCAUUAGACUUUCGAUCUGGAAUACAAACGAAUUGAUUUGGUGAUCCAA